AGAAGACGCAUUUCCUUUCCAUGUUAGGUAGACAUCUGGGCGUUCCGAUUUCACGCCAGGGUGCUCUCUCUCUCUUUUUAUCUCAUUCGUGUAUGUACUCCAACAUAGCGGGUGCACCUGGAUGUGUUUCUGAUAAAUUUGAUAUUGGUAUAGCUACAGCGUGGCGAAGUGUUCAAAAAGUAGUGAAUGCUUUAUAUAAGAAAGUAGCAACAUUUAUACGAUGGCCAACUUUGGGAGAAUCUGUGCAAAGUAUGGAAACAAUUCAACGAAAUUAUGGUUUUCCUGGUACAAUCAGUGCAAUAGAUGGAACUCACAUAAAAAUUAUUAGCCCAAAAGAUAACAGUGAUUCCUACAUAAAUAGAAAAGGAUUUCACUCCAUUCAAUUACAAGUAAAAGAAUUGGUGAAUACCGACCAUAGAUUGUGAGAUUGUAUUAAAAUUUAACUAAUUAGAAUAAAGAGAGGCAAUUUGAGUUA